AUGACGGAGUUCCCUCCCAAACACGGCAACUACAACCUCAACCUCAACCUAACCACAUACAUCUCUCCACCACCACUACCACCAUCACCAUCACCAUCACCUCCAUCACUUCCACCAUCGUCAUCAUCUCCAUCGCCAUCGCCAUCGUCGCCAAUGAUGACUUCAGUCGCUUGGCGCUCCGACCUCCUCACUGCCUUUGCCGAACGGGACAUCCGUGAGAAAUCUCAAGCUUCCAUAAUCCUAGAAUACUCCCGCCUCGCAGACCGCACAGCAAUCCUAACAUCCCCACCAAUUACAUCUACUCCCUCCACGGGCCAAGAACCCUCCAAAAUAUCUUCCGACAUCCAAGCCCUGUAUGCGACUAUCGCGACCCUCCGUACCGACCUCGCAACCUCCCAGAAAGACCGAACAAACCUACAAACCCAACUGACAACCGCCACAAGCUCCCUAACCCUCCUUCAAAAAUCCUCGUCUGCCAACUUCCGCGAGCUCGACAAGGUCAAGGUAGAACGUUACCAUCUCGAACAAAAAGUGAAGUCAAAGGAUGACGACUCAAAACUAAACCGUAAAAUGAUCGAAAACCUACAAGAUGAAAUCAUUGCAUUGAAUAUCCAGUUGAAUAUUGGCGAACAGACCAAGAUGAGGUUGAAAUCAGAGAACGAAGAGUUAAUUUCCAGGUGGAUGGCGUUGAAGAAGGAUGAAGCCGAGGCUAUGAAUAAUAAUUCAAAAUAUUCAUGA